AUGUACGCUAAAAUUGAAACGGAACGACUCCUCUACAUUCGAUUAAAUCAAACCAAGUUGCGUUGCGAAGAGUACAUGAAUUUAAGUGAUGCAGUUGUUAACGAUGGUUAUGGAGUCCACGGCACAUGCAUCCACAUCCACAAAAUGCAAUUACAUAUGUUCCCGUAUAUGGCCGUACAUUUACAGAUGCGCCCGGAGGCACAGCACAAAAUAUUGCACUGGAAUUGCGGCAACCCUUUUGGAUGGUGGUCGAACAGCACAUUCUGCUCUAAAUUGCCAUUGAAUAUCCAGAUUCCUGAGACACCGACAUGCAAUAUCAGGAAACAUUCUGGAAUGGGUACUCCAAUCAAGUUAACUCAUUAUAUGGGACGAAUGUACUAUGGUCCACAAAAAAUCAUUAGAAGCGCUUCAUCGUACACUACAAGAUUUGAGAAGGAAUGA